UCGGCUUGUAUCUCUGAGUGCAGGUCGCUAGAACCUCCAUAUGUUUUUUUUCGAGUUAUCGAAAUGCGUGUGGAGUAAUCGUAAAUACAAAAAAAAAAUAAUAAUAUACAAAACACCCUGUUUAUUUAUUAUUAUAAAUAAAAAGUGCACGUGUUAGGACGCAACAAAAUUCUAAUUUCUUGUGUGAAUAUUUUAAAAGAAACUUUAAAAACAUGUAUUUAAUGUACACUUUAAAUGAAAAUGGCGAACGUGUCUAUACUUUGAAGAAACGCACCGAGGAUGGCCGUCCUACAAUUUCAGCUCAUCCUGCCCACUUUUCGCCAGAAGAUAAAUACUCCAGACAACGCCUUACAAUCAAAAAACGUUUCGGUUUACUUUUGACACAAAAACCUGAACCCGUUUAUUAAACCCUCCCACCAUGAGUGUGAUUUUCCUAUAGUUUGUAGUGUUUAACAUGUAAGGCUUUUUAUAGUACUUUUCAACAAUAAAUUACAAUGAUUUAUUAAUUAACUAAACAAUUAAA